AUGCCUACGCUUUUCACCUUCGGCUGUGGGCCCCACGGCGAGCUUGGCCAUGCGCAGCCACCCGACGCCUACAAACACCCGGAGGCAACGCCCGUGGCCUUCCCCACGGCAGCAGGAGUUGUCGAGGCUGUGGCUCUUGGCACAGACCACUCGUUGGCGGUGGCAGGUGGCCAAGUCUUCCGCUGGGGUCUCCUCGGUGCUCAUGCGGUGCCACGCGGAUGGCGCGGCGGGCGCUGGCAGGGGAGGGCAGACGGCUCCCCCCGCACAAAGCCGGAGGUGGUGCCCACGCCCCUCCUGCUCGAUCGCGGAGGAGGCCGCUCUGGACGUUCUACUUCUCCGCGGGGCCCGAAAGCUCCGAGGAGUCAGGACCGUGCCGCCAGCGCCAGCCCGAGCAGAAAGCAAGGCGGCGUAGGCGCUGCUGCGCCGACCAUUGCUUGCGGAGGAUCGAAUUCCUUCGUGACGCGGCAGGGGGAAGUCUUUCUCUUGGGCGGCCUCUGGCCACCGGGUGGGGACCCGGGCCAGCUCCGCCACAUCUGGGGUGCUGCUCAGGGCGGGCCGGCCUCGCGCGUGGCGCAGGUGGCAGCCGGGUGGAGGCAUGUUCUCUUCUUGACGGAGGCCGGCUGCAUCUUUGCGCUGGGUGACGACGACUUCGGCCAGAGCGCCGGCGCCGGAGGUGGAACGGCAGCGAUCCCUCUUCCGUCAUCAGCCAUGGCGGUAGGUGUUGCGGCCGGUGCGUGUCACUCUCUCGCUUGGGAUGCAGAAGGCGUCGCUUUCGCUUGGGGCCACGGCGGGAGCGGAAGGCUUGGACUUGGCAGCGCUUGCAAACGGCCAAGCCCGCAGCGAGUCGCCUUGGCAACGCCUGUCAGUGCGGCCACUGCUGGAGGGAACUUCAGCCUCUUCGUGGCGAGCUCUGCAAAGGAACUCUUCGCCUGCGGUGGCAACCAGUACGGACAGCUCGGGGUCGAUGCGAGCCAAAGCUUCACACCCGUUCCCGUCCAGAUCCCCUUGGCAGAAGACGAGGUCAUCGUGGCAGUGGAGAGUGGGACAAACCACGUGAUCUGCUUGACCCAGACGGACGGACCUGACGGCCAGGCGACGGUGUGGGCUUGGGGCUGUGCCUCCUCGGGGCAGUGUGGACCUAACGCUGCGUUUGAGUCGCAAGCCAGGCCUUUGAAACUCAGCGACUUCUCGCCGCCAUCGCAGCACCGGGCCGUCGCGGUGGCUGCCGGCCGCUCCCACUCAGCGGUCCUGGCUGUCACCGGCAACACGGCACGUACGCGGCUUCGAGCGCCGCGGGCAACUCCAAGAACGGAGAAGAAGUCGGCAAGGCUUCCGCUUGCUGAGCGAACUUCGGGUGAGGACAUCAUUGAGGAGUUUCUCACGGGCUUGGCCAGAGAACCUCUCGCAUCUCCCACAGCUGCGCGGUCUCCGUCACCGGCUGUGCUGGUGACCAUGGCUGAGGAAGCCCUCUUUAUGGGGGAAGGAGUCACCGAGAAGGUGCGGAAUCCCGCUUCCGAGCUCUCUUCGCGACUGGGAGGGCGGCCAGGCAUACGGCGCUCGGGGCAGCACGAGAAUCGCAGGUCUGCAGGCCGCAGGCGCGAGCAGAAAGCACCGCCGAAGCCGAAGCUGCCCGGAAUGGAGCCGGAGCCCAGCGUCUCCAAGGCGCCGCCCAGGCGGACGGCGAAGCCCGGCCCGAGGGGCACAGGGGCCUUGCUGGCCGAGGCCUUGGCAGCCGAGGAUCAGUGGAGUGGCAUCCACGAGUCCUUGAAGGGCCUGAGCUCCUACAUCGCACAGCUCUCUGAAACGCACACGAUGAAGGCCCCGCUGGCCCCGCUUGCUUCCUGGGCGCCCGUGCCCGUGCGUGCGGCCGUGGUGCAACCCGGAGUGGGAGCCACGGGGACCGCUUUCGCCCAAAGCGGCAUGGAGCAUGGAACUUGCAAGCGCACUGCGCAAGCUCAAUCCUUAGAGCUGCUAGUCAGCACCUCAACCUCAAACCACUACGGCGCACAAGUGAAGACAAUACGAAGUGCUGAAGUUCGAGCGCAGCGGCUCGUGGCUGCCAUGACGUUCGUGGAAGGUGAAGGAUCAGCGGUGGAGGUCUUCGAGGGAUUGCGCGACUUCAAAAGCCUGACGCGCGAGCGAUCCCUCGAGCUACUGAUAGAGGCCAUGAGAGCUGGUCGAUAUCAUUGCGAAGAGGUCGAGAAGCUGGCGCUGGAGUCUUUGGACUCGGACGCCUGGGAGGCGAAGCAGGGCGGCCUGCAGGCGGCUUCUGAGGCGAUCAAGCACUGGGACCAGCCAGUUUUUCGGGAAGCUGUGCUGGAGAAGGUGCCCAACCUCUUGACGGACCGGGAGUACCGCGUCCGGAAGGCCACUGCGGCCGUGCUCCGGGAGUGCUGCCUGCGAGAUGGGCUUGCCGUCUACGACAAGAUGGGAAAGAUCGUUUUGCACGACAUUCAAGACAAGUUCAAGCGACCCCAGGAGGAGGAACUGCCAAGCGAACCGGGCCAAGGCUACGCAGAGGCGCCGCCAGCUCCACCGACCUUCCUGCACGACACGGAAGGUUGGCGGUCCCUGGAGACGUCCAUGGGGGCUUUGGAGGCGAUGAUGCAGGGCUGCGGCAUGGCCUUUACGCCACGCAUCGAUGACUCCAUGCUCUCGCUGAUGGAGGAGUGCUCCAAGCACACCAAUCGCUUUGUGCGAGAGUACACCUACUUUGCUCUCAAGAACGUUUUCGAGGUUUGUUCCCAGGAGGCCUUCAUGGCCUCUGUGGCACCCAAGACGGUUCACAUCGUCGCUGCAGGCAUCAAGGACAAUUGGAGCCAGGUGCGCUACGCCGCCUCGGUGGCCGCCCGCGCCUUCAACGAGAAGGCUGGCGAUCGAAGGGAGGCCUUCUAUCCACAGCUCUUGGGGCUCAUGUGCCUCAACCGGCACUACGUGGCCGAAGGCGUCCGCAACUUCUCCCAGGACACCUGGAAGCAAGUCUGCGGGCCGCAAGGUGGUGCCAGGCUGCUCGUGGCGCAUUUCGACAGUGUGAUCGAUGCUUACGUCGACGCUGCAACGGCGCCGAACCACGCAGUGCGAGAGGCUGCCUGCAACUGCAUCUCCGAACUCGCGGCUCGCGUUGCAGGUGCACCCUCUAACCCGACGCCUUACCGCGAGCACUUCACGCCACCCCGUGUGCAGCGGCUGCUGAAGGCUUUGCUGGACUCCUCCGCCGACGAGUCUUGGCCAGUGCGGGACGUGGCCAGCACUGCGCUGGGAUUCUUCGCUACGGCCUUCCCGGACGAGUGCAAGGAGCUCCUGCCACAGCUGCUCGAGCUUUGGUUCAGCCAGAUGGCCGACAACAUACCAUCGAUGCGGCGAAACAGCGCCAAUGCUUUGGCCACGGCAGUGGGUGUUUGGCCAGAAGACCUUUGGCCCAAAAUCCUCCCGCGCUUGGAAAAAACCUUGCCGGAGGUGCUGAUGCAGCCAGAGCAUUCUGAGACCUUCACGGACUACACGCCUAGCGGCCCAUUCUCGGUUCCCAAGUCGAAGACGCUGAGUUUGGAGGAGCGAGGGAAAGCCGACCCGGAGUUCAUCGACCAAGUGAUGUACAGCUGCGGGUCCUCGGCGCCGAAGACCUUCAAAGAACGGAGGGCGCGGCCGAAGGACACCGGUUGCAUGAACUGCGCGGCAACGGCACCUACGCAACUCUGGGAGGCAUCCGAGGGCAUGGUGCACCUCCUCACCGACCUCGCCAGCUUUGCGAGCUCCACGGGCUCUGAGAAGAAGCUGGAGCAAUUGGCAGCUCUCCUCCCCAGCCUUGCCAAGGCCUUUGCCUGCUCCCAGUACCGCCACCACCACCUGCUGAAGCAGCGGGUUUGCGAGCGGCUGCCGGAGAUCAGCAAGGCCUUGGGGCCCCGGCUGGUGCCCUACCUGCCGGAGUUCCUGAAGACCCUGGCGACCUGCGCCGGCCAGGGAGCGCACCGGGCCUUGAAGCAGGAGGCCUCUCAGGUGCGAGCGCACCUGGGCCGCCGGGCUGUCGGGCCGCAAGCAGAGCCGGAGCGCUUCCCGCCGUAUGCAGGUGCUCAAGCACUGGAAGCAAACGCCAGUUCCGGGAAGAGGAGCUCCUUCGGGCCUGCCAAGAUGCCACACUGGACGCCAAGGUUCUUCAGCUCGUGGGCUGAGAGGGCCCGGCACCAGCCGAGCUCAUCCCCCCUCGGACAUGGGUCCUCUUUGCACCUGGGAAUGGCGCCCCAACUUUGUGUGCACAAGACGACCCAUGCCAGAGAAAUGGUCGCUUCCACAAGUGGAGCCCUCUGGCCAGACGCACAGAAGACCAGAGGAAGAGGGGUGAAGCCAAGAAAGUUCAAGAAAGAGAGAGCCGCGCGGCGGGAAGCUCUUGGCUGGAGAAAUAGGCUGAGGCGUACAGUACUCGUGCAUCUCUCUCACUACGUCACUAUGUGGCUCCACCUUUUUUUGUGUGGCAGGUCCGAGCUUCCCGAGGCCAAGUCGCCCUCUCAUGCUUCCCAGCUCCGGGAGCCUCCAGCGGCCGAUGCUUGGCCGGAGCCCGGGCGGGUCCGGGCUCAGAGCUUCGAGAAGGACGGGGAGGACGCCCAAGCGGAGCUGGCGCGCCCGCCCGCGCACCCCUUUUCCGGAGUUAGCCCCUCCUGGGAUCUCGGUUCUCCCUUGACAAUGGCUCGGCUCCAAGGAAGUGUUGCGGGCAACGCUGCAUUUUCCCAGAAACUGUGCGUGCACAAGAAGCAGGAAGCUGUGCAGCAAAGACCUUAUACCGAGGAAAGUGUUCGAACCUCGGUUGACAAGUACGGCCGCUGGGUGCCCGACAGCGAAAUCACCGCAAGCGCCUACUUGGGCGGCUCCACUGUCGACUUUUCUCAAGCCCUCUUCCAGCACCCGGUGAUCACGAUCUCCAGCACCGCCUUCAUGGGCAGCGUGACCCUCAUCGUCCCUCCGGGCGUGGCAGUGGAGCAGGACGGCUCCGCCAUCUUCGGAGGCUUCGGGGAUGCCGGAGGCAUUUGGUCCAGCAGCCAGAGUUCCGGCAUGGCGGGUCGAGCGCCCAUCACGCUUCGGGUCGUGGGCACUGCAAUGAUGGGCAGAGUCAACGUGGUCGUGAACCCCAGGGCGCCACCUGCCCAGUUGCUGAGCCAAGAGGAGGUGGCCAGGAUCUUGCGAGAAGUGCCUGCGGCCCCAUCCACGACGGUCUCCGACCUCCUGGAUGAAGCCUUCAAGGCGCACGGCAGCGGAGGCAGCUACCCACAGCCAGAUCCACGGCAGGCACUGCUGCAAGGCCUCGCGGCCAACGCCGCUGCCGCAGCCGCGGCCUCUCACACUCAGAACAGCGUACCGGGUGUGCCAGUGUCCGGGAACGGUGUGCCGGCUUCGCCCGCUCCGGUGGUGACGGGGGUUCCUGUACAGGAAGGCCCCAACCUGAAGGAAAUGGAUUAG